UGGGUACGCCCAUGAGGAAAGAGUUGAGGAAAAUCGGAGCCCAGGUCAUCUUUCCUAAAUGUAAAUACAACUAGUAAAAAUUAAACCAACAUAAAUAAGACCUGGCUAAAUGGUAUUAACUAUAGCCAAUUAAAUCAAAAUACAACAACAACAACAACAACAACAACAAUCGGAGCCCAAAGCCUUUGCCCAAAGCCAAAUCCGCCCGCAUUGACGUUUCGUGGUGGUAUUUUGAUAAUUGACGCAGUGUGUCAAGCGUCAAGAAGCUCAUCUUUGGAUCGACUUCGUUUCUUGUUAGUUUCUGCUUUGAUUUCGAGCAGAAUUUCCUUGAAAAUGGAUGAGCUGUUGAGGUGGAAAUAAUUAUUGUAAUAUAUUUUGUGAAAAUCAUCCUAAAAUCUCAAUAUCCACAAUAAUGAUGGGUACUCGCAGUAAAAGAUCAAAUCUUCCAACGGAGACGGCAAAACUAGCUCUGCUCCAGGAUGGUGCUCCGCCCGACCUUGACCUGAUCAUCAAACCCUUGACUAAAUUAGCACGGCAGGUGCACAUAAACUUCAUCUUCGACAAAACUUCCGGCGGCUGUGUUGUUUGGAAACACUUGAUGUUAAUGUUUGGUAGCACAAGCCAAAAUGCAUUGAAUAUGAAGAGCGACUGGCAGGCUUUUGCCAGCUACCUCGGCAUGGGUCGUGAAGAAAUCAAGACCAUAGAAAAUUUUAAAUUUGGCCUAGAGGAUCCGGUCACAAACACUUUGCUUGCUUUUGGCCAAAGGGAAGACGCAACCCUUGACAGGCUAAUAGAGGCUUUGAAGAAAAUGAACAGGCUUGAUAUUUUGAAUCGAAUCAGCAAACCUCUCUCCGAACUCUGCAAAAAUAUCACCCGGGAAAAUUCGGACAACAUGGUAACUGGCGAUAGUGGCUAUUCAGAAGAGAGUUCUGUUGUCAUCCAGCCAAGCUUCAAAAUUAACAUACCAUGUGCACUUCGCAGCGUUGAAGAUUUAAAUUUUCGUCUCAUAUAUUCUGCAUUUAAAAGUGGAGUCCAAGAAAAUUCGGCUACAAUAAGAAAGUGUUCCGAGAUUGGUGAAGUUAUGGAACACAACUUUCUGAUUGAAGCACCUGAUGAAGGCUACGAAAACGACGCUGCUCCAUCAAAGUUAGAAAAUUUGGAUGCUGGCGAAAAGAGUGCCAACUUUGACGUGACCGUUCUUCUGACCUUUGUUGGUGACGGCAGGGCAACCGCCUUUGAACUGGCAAAAGUUUUGCGCUCCACAGUCAAUGAACGAGGAGAGCCUGUCGGAGUUGUGAUUCUUGAGGAGCAGCAACAUUUUGUCAACGCAGGUGGCAAUGAAUUCAUCGAAGGAGUUUUUGAUCAGGUGGAUUAUAUCAUCCCCGUCUUAACUCCUAACUAUGCUGCUGCCAUAAGGGUGAACAGCUCUGCGGACACAACGGACUGCUUUGACGCCCAGUACGCCCGUUACAUCUCAAAACUCAUGGAUGGCUACUAUGAAAUGGAGCACCAAAUGAACUACAAAAUUCGAUCUGUUGUUCCGUUAGAAACAAAUAUUUCCGCCAUCCGUUCUCUAGCAAUGAAGCCAAUUUUCAAAGCUAGGAAAUCAAUGAAAGAUUGCGAAAAAUUUGCCAAAUUAAUUUGUUCACGCAAAAGUUGAUUAAUUUAAAUUUGUUUUUAAAUCAUAUUUGCAUAUAUUCAUCUUUGAAUAUUUUGAAUCUAAUAAUUAGUUUUGUUCCGAAAUAUUUUUAAUAAUGUUAUGUAAAUAUAUCUUAAAAUAUAAAAAAUAAUUGUGAUCAUUGGCAUUUCUGAUAGUUAUUGUACUUGUUUCCAAUAUUUAAAAAAACAUUGUUAUGUUCAACAUUUUAAAUAUACUCUAUGAAUCUUGAUGAUUAAAAUGUUCUAAUUUAGAAAACACAAAAUUUAUGGUGCUAGCUAGAGGUGCAUAGCCUUUUUAAUUUUUGACACAUUGGGUCAAUAAAUUCUGCGUUUUUUCCAUUCUACUCACAGAUGAAUCUUGUUGGAUGAAUCUUUGUGUGACGUCUUAUCUAUGUGCCUGAUAUAUCGUCAUGACUUUUUGUGGGUUAGUUAAAAAUUAAAAAUCUAGAAAAUU